ACUGGUGGGGCACUGGUGGGCACAGGUGGGUGGCACUGGUGGGCACAGGUGGGUGGCACAGAGUGGCACAGGUGGGUGCACUGCUGGGCACAGGUGGGGGCACUGCUGGGCACAGGUGGGGGCACUGCUGGGAACGGGUGGGCGGGGCUAGUGGGCGCACUGCUGGGCGGAACUUGCGGGUGUCACUGCUGGGCACCGAUCAUCAGGGCACUUAUCAUCAGUGCCCUGAUGAUCGGUGCCGAUCCCCGCUCUGACAACUGCCGGUUCUAGGCAGUACUUUCCUCACGAUCUGACAGCGUGAGGAAAGUGCAGCCGAGAACCGGCACUUGCAU